AUGAAGUUCUUCAGAAGUCUCCUCAUGUCCAUCUCGGCAGCACCUCUCAUCCACGCCCUUCCCUCCACGCGGACCACACCCCCAAUCCACACAAUCUUCCAAUUCCCCAAUCUUACGGCUUUGGAAAAUGUGGCAACGCGUGGAAACGGAAACCUCCUCAUAACAGCUACCAGUAGCAACUCCCUCUACCAACUCAACCCUCUGAGUCCGACUGGUUACAUAACGGUAGCGACUAUCCCUAACGUUACCUCUCUCCUCGGUAUUGCCGAGUUCCAACCCGAUGUCUUUGCCGUAGUUGCAGGGAAUUUCACAACCGUACCUCCUCAUACCAACCCGGGUACAUAUUCAAUCUGGAAAGUGGAUUUGUCUCGCUGCUAUACACGUAAUUGUGUUGGCAAAAAGACUAAAAUCACAGAUUUGCCAGAGGGCGGGCUUCUCAACGGGAUGACACUGGUUGUGCCAGGAUGUUCCACAGCACUUGUUGCAGAUUCGUCAGUAGGAGUAAUUUGGCGCGUCGACCUCCUCACAGGAGCAUAUAAGAUUGCUGUUAACGACCCACUUACACAGGGACCGCCUGAUGGCCUUCCCCUACCAAUUGGUGUGAAUGGCGUUCAUACCUUUGGGAGCACCCUCUACUUCACCAACUUAUUCCUCAAUGGUGGAUUCUACGCUCAAGUCCCAAUCCAUACUUCAGGGCCUAAUAUUGGCUUUGCCAGCGGCCCAGCCUCUCUCGUCGCUAAUAUAGGCACUGGAGAUGAUUUUGCUCUUGACAAGAAGGGCGUGGCGUAUGUUGCUACCAAUGCACAAGAGACAGUGGACCGAGUGAAAAGAGACGGGAGUUUUGCGGUUAUUGCUGGCAGUUUUAACGACACAAUUCUGGAAGGUUGUACUGCAGCCAGUUUUGGGAGAACGGCUUCGGACGGGGCCGUAUUGUAUGUGGUGACUAAUGGAGGACUUGCGGGUCCGGUUCCAGGAACUUUCAGGGAAGGUGGAAAGGUCGUUGCUCUUGACACUACAAGGCUUUAG